UUUCCCCUCCCCCCAACACAACCAUCCUGACUGCAAUCAUUGACUUGGACUGCAAUCAUGGGUGCUGAAUCAGUCUCCUUACAGGAGCGUCUUGAGCGAUGGGCUCAACGACUACAGAACCUUACUGUCUCUCCCCUCACUAGAGAUUAUCCCGACAACCACAAGCAGGAGCUUCCCAAGAGAGCAAUUGAAGCCUUUGAGUCAAUUAAACUGUCCCAGGGCUCUCAAUCAGCCCUCGAGAAGAUCUCCGCUUCCUCCUCGAGUUUCACUGUCUUCCUCACUGCUUUCGUUGUUCUCGUUGCCCGUCUGACCGGCGAUGAGGACAUCGCCAUCGGCACCAGUUCCAAUGACGAUGGCCGCCCUUUCGUUCUCAGAGUCCCAAUUGAGGCUUCGGAGACGUUUCUCCAGCUUUAUGCUAAGGUCAAGAAGGCCUUCGAAGAAGGUGCUUCCGAAAUCGUACCUCUGGGCAGUCUAAGAAACUACAUCCAAGAGAAGUCCGGCUCCGAGCGCUCCCCUAUCCUCUUCCGCUUCGCUGCCUAUGACGCACCCGCUGCCUCCCAAGACUAUCCCGCCAACACCUUCGAGACCACCGAUCUUGUCCUCAACAUCGCUCCAGUCCUUGCAUCGGAUGACUCGACAUCUCAGGCCGAGUUGGGAGCAUACUACAACCAGAGAUUGUUCUCCAGUGCGAGAAUUUCCACCAUAUUGAAGCAGCUCGCCAAGCUCGUGGAGAAUGCGACCAGCAACCCGGAACAGGCCAUCGGCCGUAUUGACUUCAUGACUGAGGAUCAGCAGGCAAUCCUUCCCGACCCUACCUCUGAUUUGAACUGGUCCAAGUUCCGUGGUGCCAUUCAUGAGAUUUUCGCCGCUAAUGCGGAGAAGCAUCCCGACAAGCUUUGUGUGGUCGAGACUAAGUCGGAGCGAUCCCCCCACAGGGAGUUCACAUACAGACAAAUCAAUGAGGCGUCUAACAUCCUGGGCCAUCACUUGGUUCAAGCUGGUGUCGAGCGGGGUGAGGUUGUCAUGGUUUACGCCUACCGUGGUGUCGAUCUCGUGGUUGCUGUUAUGGGUAUUCUCAAGGCCGGUGCAACCUUCUCCGUCAUCGAUCCAGCAUAUCCUCCGGAAAGGCAGUGCAUCUAUCUGGAUGUCGCUCGUCCUCGCGCAUUGAUCAACAUUGAGAAGGCUACCAAGGAUGCCGGUGAACUAUCUGAUGAGGUCCGCUCAUUCAUUGACGAGAACCUGCAGCUUCGUACUGAGGUUCCCGCGCUUGCCCUCCGCGACGAUGGUACCCUUGAAGGUGGCUUGGUCAAUGGGCAGGACGUGCUGGCCCAACAGGUGUCUCUCAAGGCUCAAUCUGUCGGCGUCGUGGUCGGUCCGGAUUCUACCCCCACCUUGUCGUUUACCUCCGGCUCCGAGGGCAGGCCCAAGGGUGUCCGGGGUCGUCAUUUCUCCCUGGCAUACUACUUCCCGUGGAUGUCGGAGACUUUCAAGCUCAACCCUAACGAUCGUUUUACGAUGCUGAGCGGUAUUGCUCACGAUCCAAUCCAGAGAGACAUCUUUACCCCUCUCUUCUUAGGUGCUCAGCUGCUUGUUCCUGCUCGCGAGGAUAUCCAGAAUGAGAAGCUCGCCGAAUGGAUGCGCGAGUACGGCGCUACUGUCACUCACCUUACACCUGCCAUGGGUCAGAUUCUGGUGGGCGGUGCCUCAGCUCAAUUCCCCGAGCUUCACCAUGCUUUCUUCGUGGGUGAUAUUCUCAUUAAGAGAGAUUGCCGCUCCCUUCAGGGAUUGGCUCCGAAUGUCAACAUUGUCAACAUGUAUGGCACGACCGAGACGCAGCGUGCGGUCAGCUACUUUGAAAUCCCUAGCUACUCGAGUGACGAGGGUUAUCUGGACACCAUGAAGGAUGUCAUUCCAGCUGGACGGGGUAUGCUCGACGUUCAGAUGCUGGUUGUCAACCGCUUCGAGCCCAACCGCAUUUGCGCCAUUGGUGAAGUGGGUGAAAUCUACGUCCGUGCUGGUGGUCUCGCAGAGGGCUAUCUCGGUUCUCCGGAGUUGAACGAGAAGAAGUUCCUGACCAACUGGUUUGUGGACCCUCAAACCUGGACAGAGAAGGACAAGGCCGAAGCACAGGGCUCGAAUGAACCCUGGAGGGAGUUCUACUUUGGCCCGAGAGAUCGGUUGUAUCGCAGCGGAGAUCUCGGCCGUUACACCCCCACCGGUGAGGUCGAAUGUUCUGGACGUGCAGACGAUCAGGUCAAGAUCCGUGGAUUCCGUAUCGAACUGGGCGAAAUCGACACUCAUUUGUCUCGUCACCCGCUUGUCAGAGAAAAUGUUACUCUGGUACGUCGUGAUAAGUUCGAAGAGCGCACCCUGGUCAGCUAUUUCGUUCCAGACAUGAGUAAGUGGGCUUCAUGGCUGCAGCAGAAGGGACUUGAGGACGAUGAGUCCGCUGAAGGCAUGGUUGGCAUGCUCAGACGAUUCCGCCCCCUGCGUGACGACAUUCGAGACCAUCUCCGCAGCAAGCUUGCUAGCUACGCUGUGCCGACCGUCUUCAUCCCCCUCAAGCGCAUGCCUCUCAACCCCAAUGGCAAGAUCGACAAGCCCGCACUGCCCUUCCCUGAUACUGCAGAGCUCAGUGCCGCCGCUCCUCGGCGCAAGUCCUCGGUGGCGCAAGCCCUCAGCGAAACGGAGCAAGCUGUGGCCUCCAUCUGGGGUCAGCGCAUUCCUAAUGUGACCGCUCGUAUGAUUAGCCCUGAUGACUCGUUCUUCGAUUUGGGAGGACACAGUAUCUUGGCUCAGCAGAUGUUCUUCGACGUUCGACGCAAGUGGCGCGAGAUCGAUGUCAGCAUGAACUCCAUUUUCCGCAGCCCUACCCUCCGGGGCUUCGCUGCCGAGAUCGACCGUCUUCUGAAUCUGGAGUCGUUCGCUAGCAACGACGAGCGUAAGACCGCUGCUGCAGAGCCCGCAGCUCCUGCUGAGCUCGAUGACGAAUACUCGAAGGAUGCCCGCAAGUUGGCAGAGACUCUGCCCGCUUCGUUCCCUACUCGCACCGAGCCUAUUCUUGCAUCCGAGCCCACCAUCUUCCUCACCGGUGCCACCGGUUUCUUAGGUGCUCAUAUCCUCCGGGAUCUCUUGACCCGCAAGUCACCGCAGGCGAAGGUUGUGACCUUGGUGCGCGGCAAGACUGACGAGCAGGCGCUCGGCCGCAUUCGCUCUACCUGCCAGGCGUACGGUUUCUGGGACGAAGCCUGGACCAGCCGGCUCCAGUGCGUGUGCGGUAACCUGGGCGAGCCUCGAUUCGGUUUCUCCGACGCUCUUUGGGAGGACCUGAUCCAGCGGGUGGAUGCUGUCAUCCACAACGGUGCUCUGGUUCACUGGGUGUACCCCUACUCCACCCUCAAGCCUGCCAAUGUGCUGGGUACCAUUGACGCUCUCAAGCUCUGCGCCAGCGGCAAGCCCAAGCAAUUUUCCUUCGUCAGUUCGACCAGUACUCUCGAUAGCGACCACUACGUCUUGGAAUCUGAGCGGAUCGUUGCCGAGGGCGGAGCUGGUAUCAGCGAGGCGGACGACCUCGAGGGUAGCAGCGUCGGCCUUGGAACCGGCUAUGGUCAGAGCAAGUGGGCGGGUGAAUAUCUCGUGCGGGAAGCUGGUCGCCGCGGUCUCAAGGGUACCGUCGUGCGUCCUGGCUACGUCCUCGGUGACUCCCAGACCGGAACUACCAACACGGACGACUUCCUCAUCCGCAUGAUCAAGGGCUGUAUCCAGCUCUCCGCCCGCCCCAACAUCAACAACACCGUCAACAUGGUGCCCGUCGACCACGUUGCUCGCGUUGUCAUUGCCGCCGCCUUCCAGCCCCCUUGCACCCCGAUCGGCGUGGCCCAAGUCACCGGUCACCCUCGCCUCCGCUUCAACCAGUUCCUGGGCGCCCUGCAGCUCUACGGCUACGAAGUGCCCCAGAUUGAUUACGUUCCCUGGUCCAAGGCCUUGGAGCAGUACGUCAAUGAUGGCCAGCACGAUGACCCCGAAUCCCAGCACGCCUUGAUGCCCCUCUACCAUUUCGUCACCUCCGACCUCCCCUCCAACACCAAGGCUCCUGAACUCGACGACGUCAAUGCUGCCGCCUCCUUGCGCGCCGACGCCGCCUGGUCCGGCAUUGAUGCCUCCGCUGGCGCUGGUGUCACCGAGGAAUUGGUUGGUCUGUAUGCGGCGUACCUCGUUGCUACCGGUUUCCUUCCUCCGCCCACGGCUGCUGGCACCCGCCCGCUGCCGACGGCGCAGUUGACGGAGGACCAGAAGAAGGCCUUGGCUAAUGUUGGUGGUCGUGGUGGUGCUUCUUAAAAGUCGCACUCGCUUUUUGCUGUGUGUUAGCGUUUUGUAUAUUUUGGGGGAAGGGAGUAUUAAAAGUUUCAUGAGUCUAUGGUACGAGUUACGUAUGGCAUGGUAUAGUAUGCCGCGAUGUUCGAGGCAUAUUUUCGAUUAUCUAUAGUUCGG